UAUUAUACAUUUAUACAAUAAUUACAGUCUGGACUCUCGACACACACAAAGGAGAAGCUCCAUAUUUUCUCUGCAAUUAAUUCAUGGAGUUCGUCAAGGAAUCUGAACCAAACACUACCACCAUGAGAAAAGCUCUGCUAGUAAUAAACUGCAUCAUCCUUUCUAUAGGUAACUGUGCAGGUCCACUUAUGAUGCGCCUUUACUUCAUCCAUGGUGGGAAACGAGUCUGGUUCUCGAGCUGGCUCGAGACGGGUGGUUGGCCCAUCAUCCUUUUCCCAAUCGCUUGUGGUCACUUUUACCGUUCCAGGACCCAACCCAGUUCAGAAAACAAGCUUUUCUUCAUGAAACCACACUUGUUCAUUGCUGCCGCCGUCAUUGGAAUCCUCACUGGCCUUGAUGACUACCUCUACGCUUAUGGGGUCGCACGCCUUCCAGUUUCAACUUCAUCUUUAAUCAUUGCCUCGCAGUUGGCUUUCACGGCAGGGUUUGCUUUCGUUUUGGUGAAGCAAAAGUUCACUUCUUACUCCAUAAACGCCGUGUUUCUGUUAACGAUCGGAUCAGGCGUUUUAGCAAUGCAUACCAGCAGCGACCGUCCUGCGAAUGAGUCAAACAGGGAAUACGUUUUGGGAUUUCUGAUGACCGUCGGUGCAUCGGCUUUGUAUGGGUUUAUUUUGCCUUUGGUGGAGUUAACUUACAAGAAAGCAAAGCAAGAAAUCAGCUACGCACUUGUGAUGGAGAUUCAGAUGGUGAUGUGUUUGUUUGCUACUGGUGUUUGCACCAUUGGCAUGCUGGUUAACAACGAUUUCAAGGUAAUUCCAAGGGAAGCAAGGGAAUACGAGCUCGGGGAAACAAAGUAUUACAUAGUCGCGAUUUGCAGUGCAAUGAUAUGGCAAUGUUUCUUCUUGGGAGCAAUAGGAGUCAUCUUUUGUGCUUCAUCUUUGUUAUCAGGAAUCAUAAUUGCUGUUUUAUUACCCGUAACUGAGAUUCUGGCCGUAAUUUUCUACAACGAAAGUUUUCAUGCCGAGAAAGGUGUUGCGCUUGCACUAUCUCUUUGGGGCUUCCUUUCUUACUUCUACGGUGAGAUUAAGCAAUCCAAGGAAAACAAACCAGCUCUUGAAACCGAGAUGGCUUCUGUUCCCAAUCGACAGGAAAGUGUGUAAAAUAUGGUAGAUCCAUCCGCCCGAGCCCACCACUUCGGACUACUUCCAUCUUCGGCUGCCUAAGAGUUUACGCCAAAAUUGCUCGAAACAUUUAUCCUAGUUACUUAAGUGAGAAAUUAGUCAAUUAAUUAUCUUUACGUAUGAACAUGUAAGAGUUCGGUUCCCUACGAUUUCAGGGCUUUAAACAUUAUAUGGCAACUAUUUAUACUAUUAUCUUUUCAAUUUUUCUUCA